AUCAUGGCGCCUUACCGCAUCGUUGACGACGAUGAGCCUUUGAAAGAGCAGGCGUCGGAAGUCAAGAGCCAGAGCGACGGCAAGAGCGAGACAAACACAACCAACGGCACCAAUACCGACACAAAAGAUGACACCAAAAGUGGAUUGGACGACAAGAGGACUGAUAAGAAUGGCGAGAGCAAGAGCGACGCUUCGGAUGAGGAGAUCGACCCAAAGAAAAAGGUCGAUGCUGCAGAGCCUAUGAAGGCAGAACUGAAGCACCUCGACCGCAAGUACAGCGAAAAGCACCAGUGGUACUAUGCCGAGACAGUCGAGGACAAAGCUGUCCCAGAUCAGGUUGACUGUCUCGACACAAAAGACAUUGCUCUGACACAGCCAUGCCGACUCCUCUACCACUACCUCGACGAGAUCAAGACACUUGGUGAGAAGUUCGAGGCUGGCUCUGAAGCAGCAGCCCACUAUCAAGUACUCCUCAACCACAUCCAAGAGGAGUUUGGCGAGACUAUCCAGGAAGCAAACAACCUCCGCGAGCAAAACGUCAUGAGCUACCCGCUCCUGUGGACUGUUUUCAAGCCCAAGACCAUUGCAUUUGCGCGCGUAUUGGGCCAGGUCCAGGCUUUCCGUGUGCUUGACUCGAACUACCAGUGUGGCCAAUGCCCUCGCAUGAAUCUCCAGUUGCAGCAGGUGGAUUUUGACGGCAAGCGCUUCGGUUACCGAACCGAACAGAUGGCUAUUCCUGCCUACCUGGGAGCCGUCUCAAUCAGCAAGCUCAAUGUUGUCCCUCGUAUCUUCUUCCCUCAUGUCGAGGAGGUAGAGCAGGCUCUCAUUGCGAGAGGUCGCCGUUUCGAGCAGUAUGCUGGAAUUCACUUUGCCGAGCAUGCGGCCAUUGCUUUGGAGCAUGUAUACAACAGCUCUCUACAUGGCUUCUCAUUCACCCACAAGAAAUGGAUCGACAUGUUCAUCGACGAACUCUCNCCCGUCGAAUGGAACGAACAAUGCUUCGACCAACUCGUCCUCGCCCCACGCCAGAAGAAACUCGUACAAGCUCUAGUCACCGAACACAUUUCCAACAAGUCCGAUUUCGACGACAUCAUCAAGGGCAAAGGCAAAGGCCUAGUUUUGGUGCUACACGGCCCUCCAGGUGUGGGAAAGACGCUUACCGCAGAGUGUGUGGCUGAACGCUGUAAACGUCCUUUGUACGUGGUGUCUUCUGGAGAUUUGGGAACAGACAGUUUCACCCUCGACCAACGGUUGACGCAAAUCUUGGACAUGGCGAGUACGUGGCGUGCAGUCCUUCUCAUCGACGAAGCAGAUGUUUUCCUUGAACGCCGUUCUCUGCAUGAUAUGGAGAGAAACGCCCUUGUGUCUAUCUUCUUGCGUGUGUUGGAGUACUACCAAGGUAUUCUAUUCCUCACUUCAAACCGCGUGGAUACUUUCGACGAUGCAUUCAAAUCUCGCAUCCACGUUCCUCUCAAGUACACCGGUCUGGACACGUCUUCACGCAAACAGAUCUGGAAGAACUUCCUCGACAAGGCGGAAAGCCACGAGGCCGUUGAAGGUGGAAACGGCGAGUCAGUCGUUGACGAAGAAGGCCUUGAUAAGCUGGCCGUUCACGACUUGAAUGGAAGACAGAUCAAGGGUAUCGUGAGAACGGCUACCAGUCUUGCUCGCUACGAUAACAAGAAGCUCGAUCUUGAGACGUUGGAGCAGGUUGUCGAGAUCCAGAUGGACUUUGAGAGGGAUCUUGUGGGAGACAAGCAGUGA